UGGAACCUAUCAGCUGGAGAUGUGCUUUAAAGGGACAUCUUAGAGCCAGCUUAUAACUACAGACUCUAGAGAAACCACAUGGAAACUGCAAGGACUGUUACUGGUCAGCUUGGACUGGAUGUGGCUUCUUCAGUAACUUUGUAAUAAUGAAGAAAUUGUUUUAGGGUCCAACAAUUUCGACUAUGAGCUUAGCUCCAUGUGUAUAAAAAAUAGCAAAUAGCAGUUACUGGAUUCAACUCCAGUUCUAUGAGCAUAUAGGAAAUAGAACAAUGGAGAUGGUGAAUUUUACAUUUGACAUGGCUAUGCUUGACAAAGACAUGAAUGCACUGAAAGGGCUGAAAAAUGGCACUAGCUGUCCUCUGAGUUGUGUUUCAGCUCCUGUCAAUGUAUCACAUCUGGAGUAGGUACUUUUUCUCCCCCAUAUACGUCACUGGAACAUGUUUGAUGCAGUUGAAACACUUAGGAAGGUUUUGCCUUCAAAGCCCAUCCCUGAACUUCUUGUACAUGUGAUAACGCUCAUUUAGCUGAUGAGGAUAUUUGAUGCUCAGCUUCAGAUCAAUCAAGUCUUAAUACGGACUCUUUUUUUCUGUUUUCCUGAGACCAGAUUAGGAAUAUUCUACUGAAGACAGGCAACCACUGUUCUUACUCAGUCACCUGGUGGGGGGAUUUCUCUUUCAGGUGUUGCAGUGAGCAUGAUGGUGGAUCUGCAGAAGAGAAUCAUCGGAGGUCAUAAAUGUGAGCGUCGGUACCACGUCAGACUUAGAGGAGUUGCUGCUGACGGGUCUUCCAGCUUGUGUGGAGGAUCUCUGAUCAGUCAACGGUGGAUUCUGACUGCUGCUCACUGUCUGGAGCCAGGAAGGACCAUAUUUGCAGAUUUAGGUGUCCUAUUAGGUGGUGCUGCUCAAGAAGUACAAAUCACUGGAAAGCCUGUGAUCUACACCGACAUAGACAACAACAACAGUGACAGAUUUCAUGACCUCAUGCUGCUGCAGCUACCUGGAAACUCGAACAUUCAGCCUGUAGCUCUUCCUGACUGUGGAGAUCAACCCAGAAUAGUUGAGAUUGCAGGCCAUGCUGCCACGUGUGGAGGCCUGAAUGACAGAAGGAAACCUGGUAAAUCACAAACUCUCCACUGUACAGACAUCAAAGUUGUUGACUGUGAAGAUCUCAGACAUACUUUGCUGGAAAAAGCUCCAAAGGUUUACCAAGUGAAGAUGUACCAACACUGGUUCUGUGGCCAAAGUCUUGGAGUGGAUAUAUGUUAUGGAGACUCUGGGGGAGGAGUGGUGCAUAAAGACAAGAUUUACGGCAUCAUUUCUUUUCUUGGAGAUCCUCGCUAUGUAUGUAGGAAAGCAGCUGCUUUCAUGGACCUCUGCAAUCCUCAAUAUGCAGCUUGGAUCAAAAGAACUACUGCCUGACUAAAAAGCUUUAACCCUCAUGUCAUCCUGCGGGUCAAAAUUGACCCGUCUUAAAGUUUGAAAAUGUGGGGAAAAAAAUAUUUUCACAGUGAAACUUCUGAUGUCCAUAUUUUCAACAUUUUGGGGGAAAUCUUUGAAGAUUUUUUGGUGGAAAAAAAAGAAAUGUUAAAAAUGUUUCACAAAAAAUGUUAGAAGUUCUUUUGUUAUGUAAUCACUUUAGAUGUUGUUAGGAUUUUUUUGGGAAGAUUUUUGCUCAUUUUUUUGAAAAUAUUUACAAGAAUUUUCUUGCCAAAGUUGGGGGAUUAAAAAAAAAAAACUUUUAAGGGAAACUUAUAGAAACACACACACACACACACACACACACACACACACACACACACACACA